AUGGAAACCGGCUCUUACGCACGUGUAAAGAAAUUGAAAAUGGUUGAGGCCGAAGAGGAUUUCCGGGAAGUAGAACCCUGGCAAACCCCGAUAGUGGUGAACAGCUACAACAUCCCGGCCCCUGAAACAUUUGUAAUGGGCGAUGACUUUGAAGUAUGGGAAUCUCAAGUGCGGUGUUAUAUAAAGCAGGUUCCUGGUAGUAUGCGAGUCGAUAUGAUACUGGGGUUUCUGGCCUGGGACAGCUACAGAAAAAUUAUGCUUUAUGUGAGCCUAGAGGAUGCCCAACAACUGCUGCAGCUCCUGAGGAAAAGAUUGGUUAACUUCCUACCUAAAGAACAAUACCUGGAGCAGUUCUUCUUGCGACACCAGCAGCCGAACGAGAGUUAG